CUUAUCUCUCUAUACACAUUUCGGGUUUGUGUUGAGGCAUUUGAAGGAAGACGACCACUGCACAGUGAGGGCGGGGGUGUUUUGAAGCAGAGUUGAAGCUCAUUUUCAUUUCGUUCUGAGGAGAUCACUAACAACUAGUUCUUUACCUAUAAUUGUCCCACUAGUGAGGGUACAUCCACAAGUUUAUAUUAUCUGCUCGUGUGCACCUGUUCUUGAUUGAAAGACUUCCCGACUUUCAUCUAUAGAAUAAUCUGAGAAGAACUUUUACUUGAACCUGCUUAUCAAAAUGGGCGACAAGAUGGAACCUAAGAAACACAACCCGUUGUUCAUAGCAAUGGCCAUAUUGGUGUGUCUUCUGUUCGUCCUUACUCUGAUAGUCAACGGUUUGGCUGGAAGCAUCGGCAUCACAUGGGGUUGGUUUCUGAACAGCACGGGUGACAUCUCCGACUACUACUUCCUCGAGAUAACCCCUGCCGGUUGGACCUUCUCCAUCUGGGGUAUCAUCUACACGUGGCAGGUCCUCUUUGUACUCUACUUCAUGAUAUCCAUGUGCGUACGCAACAGCCAAGGGCCACUUUACCUCAGCCCCGUGGUCAUCACACCACUGAUGCUGGGGACCUACGCCCUCAACCUCGGUCUCAACACCUCGUGGUUGUUCUUGUGGGAUCGUCAGCUUAUGCCUGUCGCCUUGGUUGUCAUUGCACUGCUGCCGUUUACACUGUGGAUGGCUCUGACGAUAAACCAUCGCUUGGUUGACCAAUCAGGAUACGAACUCAAACACCACCACAGGGGUAAUCUCUUUGCCAUCCGGGCAAUCGUCCAGAACGGCCUUGCCUUCUACGCCACGUGGGUCACCAUAGCCACCCUCCUCAACUUCGCCAUUGUCCUGACCUACUGGGCCAACGUGGACAUGUCCGUCGCCUGCACCGUCAGCCUCUCAAUUCUCCUGGUGGAGGUUCUCAUCUACUCGGUGCUCGAGAACAUCGUCCUUGAGCGGUACCUCCGCUACACCUACGGUGUCUGGCUCGUUGUCAUCUUCGCCCUCUGCGGCAGCUUGGCUCAGAACUGGGACGCGACAUCUCGCAACUCCAUCUACUCCGUGGUGCUGUUGGGUCUCGCUGCGGUACUGUUCCUUCUGAAGAUUGUGUUGAGUAUUUGGCGCGCUUUUAAGAGGCCGCUCUAUGUCACCGAUCUGUCGUCAUCAAAAGAGGAGCUUGCAUUGGCCUAAAGCGUAAACUGAGGGCGUUUUCGUUAUUAUGUACUUUAUUCGUUUGUAUAUAGACGUAAAUUAAAAAUAGAGACAAAUUACAGUCAUUCAUGAUGAAAGCCAGGUAUAAAUAUUGGUCAAACGGAGCCCAUGGCUGUGUACAAAAAUAUCCAAAGUAUCUUGGGCUAGAGUUGAGAUUUAGUUUUUGAAGGGUGAGGCACGGGACAGGAAAAACCUGUGGUGGAAAUGUAGCAAAGGUGAACAGCAGUGGCUGUUUUGGUAUUGUGAUGGGUAGAUUCGAACAUAACAGCUUUAGGUGCUUUGGUCUCUUUGAAGACACUACGGUUUGUAUGCCAUGCACGCAGCUUUUCGCCUUGGGUAUAUUUAAACGAUGAAACCUACACAAAACGAAGUGUGUCACCAAUUCUAAAGAUAACUAAUUGUGUUACUUAUCUUAGCCACUCGAUGUCUGGGGAUAAACAAAAAGUAACACUUUGGAAUAUAAACCAACUAUUCAUAAAAACAAGGCAGGAAAUUGUUCUAUGCAUACCUCAAAAUGUGUACAUUUUGUGCAUCAUAGAAACUUACUCUUGUUUGUUUGGUAUUACUAUUUUUUGUUUCUUUUUCAAAAAAUCCAAAAGGGCUUCCAUUCAAGUGCCUUAUAGUAAGACUGGAACUUGCUUAAAUAUGCUAUCAUGCCUUACCCCUACGCAAACUUUGCUUUGACUGAUGAAAAUAAUAUGAACAUUUUUCUCUUGAUAUUUUCCUCACGGCCCUUCGGCAACACUAAAGAAAACACUUCAAUUGUCGAAACCUACACCAUCAUUUUUGCUUUUAGACAGCCCUCAUGGUAUGUGCAUCACCGUGUUUAUGUAUAGACAGCAUUAUAUUCGCUAGACUUGUUUGCACAAUAUUUGCCUUGGUAAACUGGCGUUAUGCUGUCGUUAUCUGCGUCAUGUUCCCAGAGUCCCUUGGCAUCAUAUUUGUACUGAGUCAUGUCUUAAAACAGCAGAUCAGACUAUUUUGUUUUACCUUUCAGAAUUAUUUUACGUGGGUUAAAAAGGUGAAAGCAAAGGUGCGAUUCACAAGGUCCACAUCAAUAAAAUGUUUCCCUUUUUUUCCUCUUGUGUAGUAAAGCCCGGUUCAUACUUCCAUCGAAUGCGAUACAAUUAAUGUUGACAUCACAAAAUAAUUCGUAACAGUUGAGAUGUAUUAACCUAUUGCGGUGAAAACCGGUUUGUGACGUCAAAAUUCGCUUCGCAUUUGCAGGAAGUAUGAACCGGGCUUUACGCCAUUUUACUUCAUACAUGACAAUAUUAUGUAUGUGAGUACUGCCUCUAAACUAAAAAGAACAUGGUGCUGUUACAAACAUUCUUUAAGAAUAUAGAUUGUGACUCAAGAUUGUUCUUUUUCGAACCAUAAAUCCAUAAGGCAAGUUCACGUGUACUUCGUGUUACCGCACCAUUCUAGAUUAUUUAAAUUUGAUAACUAGCCAUUGAUUAAUCAAUUUUUACUUUAGAAGUCCAGCUCGUAUGUUUUACCUUGAAUCCAAUAGAUACAAUGUAUAUAUCUUUUUGAUGUUUUGUAACUUGAAUAAAAUAAAUGAAAAAUAUUAUUUAACUUUUCA